AUGGCCUCAAACGAAAAGGACAACGGGAUUGACGCUGUGGGCGAAAAGCGCGAAAUUGCGUCGAAUGAGCAAACUACAGAUUUACCAGCUGGCACCUCAGUGGAUAGAGAUGGCGAUCUCACUCUCCGUGACUACAUGCGCUUUGCCGCUAUCACUCGGUCCAAGGAAAAUGCAGGACCAGGAGGUUUUCGUGAACCGGCCCCAGGAAUUUUAGGGAAAAGUGGGGUAGAUCAACAAGAAAUAGACGCAGCACGACGGGCCUUACGCACGGCUGGAUGGAUGUCAGUCUUCUAUCUGAUCACCACGGAUAUCCUGGGGCCAUUCAAUGCCCCGUUCGCAUUGUCACAGGUGGGAUAUGUGCCUGGUACCAUUCUCUACGUCGUUAUGGGUGCCGCCGCCUGUUACACGGGUCUAAUUCUCUCCAAUCUGUUCUGCAAGCUGGACUCGUUCGAAUACCCUGUGAGAACCUACGCAGAUUUGGGCGGAAGAGUUUUUGGGCACUGGUUCAAGCACAUGUGCACCGCGCUCCAAAGUCUUCAGUUGGUCAUCAACGUCGGUACUAUUUGCCUUUCAAACGCGCAAUCGGUCGAACAGAUAGCGAAUCAUCACAAGUUCUGCUUCUCAGCCGCCAUUAUCAUCUGGACCAUCGUCGGAAUGGUAAUCGGCCAAAUAAGGACCCUGAAGUCCUAUGGAUGGCUAGCAAACUCUGCAGUGUGGCUGAAUCUCACCGUCAUCUUCACGUCCAUGGGAUUCGUUGCUCACUCUCCGCCCAAUUUUGCCUCGGCGAAAGCGGCGUACGGGAUCGACCCAGGUCCUAUCAUCAAAGAGACGUUCGUUUCUCUUCCAUUGUUCUCAAAGGUCAACGGUAUCAUGAACAUGGUUUUCGCGUAUGGUGGAGCGAUGAUUUUCCCUGAGUUCAUGGCAGAGAUGAGAAGACCGAUGGACUUCUGGAAGGGAAUGGUCUGCGCUCAGCUGCUCAUAACGACCGUAUACCUUCUGUACGGUCUAUUCGUGUAUUCGUUCCAAGGCCAAUAUACUUUGCCCCUGGCUUAUCAGGGUGUAAGUAAGCAGGCGUGGCAGGACGUGGGGAAUGUCAUUUCAGUAAUAACUGGCAUUAUCGCUGCCGGUUUGUAUGGUAAUAUUGGUAUCAAGGUUGCCUACUACCAGAUCGUAGAAGGGUGGUUUCAUGGACCUGCACUCGUAAGUCGCCGAGGAAAACUCGUAUGGCCAUUUGUAGUUAUCAUCUACUGGGCUCUCGCUUUUAUCGUGGCCUCCGCCAUCCCGCAGGUUCAGACAAUCUCGGGCCUGAUCGCUGCAAUCUGCAUCAUGCAAUUCACGUAUAGCUUCCCGCCUCUCAUUUGGUUAGGGUAUCAAAUUCGCCUGCACGCGGAGGGACUCCACGACGUCAACGGCGAUUCCGGAUCGGAUAAUUCAGAUCCGGGUGAUUCCUACCUCACUUGGUCCAGAUGGAAGAGAGGUUUAUUCGGUGGGAAAUGGUAUUUCAAUCUGUUCAACCUGGUUUUCUUCCUCGGAAGCACGGCUAUGGCUUGCCUAGGAAUGUAUGGCUCUGGCACAGCUAUACGUGAAACCUUCAAAACGGCUCAAGCUACUUCUUUUGGAUGUAAAUCUCCUGUUUGAUCGGCGUUCCGGAUAUUGUUUUGCUCGAUAUAUCUAUAACUUUCCACACCCGUCGGAAGUACUGUAACUGUUACUAUGAAUUUGAACGUUCG